UAUACCUUUUUCCACCAGGUGCUUGUUGUGCCCACCGCCUCCAUGCCUAAAGCAGAGUGUGUGUGUGUGGCGUAGACUCGGCUCUCUUCUGCAGCCUCUUUGGGGCCAUAGGACCAGGUGCUGUUUUGAGUGACACACUGUUCUGAACUCUGGGGGCUCCUGUGCUGGACAUGCCUGUGCCCGAAGAGGGCACCCCGCCACCCCUGAGUGGCACCCCCGUCCCGGUCCCAGCCUACUUCCGCCAUGCAGAACCUGGCUUCUCCCUCAAGAGGUCUCGGGGUCUCAGUCGGAGCCUCCCACCCCGGCCCCCUGCCAAGGGCAGCAUCCCCAUCAGCCGCCUCUUCCCUCCUCGGACCCCAGGCUGGCACCAGCCCCAGCCCCGGCGGGUGUCGUUCCAAGGCCGAGCCUCCGAGCCCCUGCAGAGUCCCGGGUAUGACCCGAGCCGGCCGGAGUCCUUCUUCCAGCAGAGUUUCCACAGGCUCGGCCGCUUGGGCCACGGCUCUUAUGGAGAGGUCUUCAAGGUGCGCUCCAAGGAAGACGGCCGGCUCUAUGCCGUGAAGCGCUGCAUGUCACCUUUCCGGGGCCCCAAGGACCGGGCCCGCAAGUUGGCCGAGGUCGGCGGCCAUGAGAAGGUGGGGCAGCACCCAUGCUGCGUGCGGCUGGAGCAAGCCUGGGAGGAGGGUGGCAUCCUAUACCUGCAGACAGAGCUGUGUGGGCCCAGCCUACAGCAGCACUGUGAGGCCUGGGGCGCCAGCCUGCCCGAGGCCCAGGUCUGGGGCUACCUGCGGGACAUCCUGCUGGCCCUGGCCCACCUGCACAGCCAAGGCCUGGUCCACCUUGACGUCAAGCCCUCCAAUAUCUUCCUGGGGCCCCGGGACCGCUGCAAGCUGGGUGACUUUGGGCUGCUGGUGGAGCUGGGUGCAUCCGGAGCUAGCGAGGCCCAGGAGGGAGACCCUCGCUACAUGGCCCCCGAGCUGCUUCAAGGCGCUUAUGGGACAGCGGCAGAUGUGUUCAGCCUGGGUCUCACCAUCCUGGAGGUGGCGUGCAACAUGGAGCUGCCCCAUGGUGGGGAGGGCUGGCAGCAGCUGCGCCAGGGCUACCUGCCCCCUGAGUUCACUGCUGGCCUGUCUUCUGAGCUGCGUUCUGUCCUCACCAUGAUGCUGGAACCUGACCCCAAGCUGCGGGCCACAGCCGAGGCCCUGCUGGCCCUGCCCAUGCUCAGGCAGCCGCGGCCCUGGACCGUCCUGUGGUACAUGGCUGCCGAGGCCCUCAGUCGAGGGUGGGCCCUGUGGCAGGCCCUGCUUUCCCUGCUAUGCUGGCUCUGGCACGGGUUGGCACACCCUGCCAGCUGGCUGCAGCCCCUGGGUCCGCCGGCCACCCCACCUGGCUCGCCGCCCUGCAGCCUCCUCCUGGACAGCAGCCUCGCCAGCAACUGGGAUGACGACAGCAUAGGGCCCUCGCUCUCUCCAGAGGCCAUCCUGGCCAGUGCUGCCGGGAGCACCUCCACCCCCUGCAGUGGCUCCCCUGCCUCCCGGGGCAGGUACACGCUGAGGGAUUCUCUGGACCUAAGUGACAUUGACUCAGAGCCUCCACAGGGCACCUUCCCCGCCUUUGAGCCUCGGAACCUCCUCAGCCUGUUUGAGGACUCACUGGGCCCAACCUGAGCCCACAGGCCCAGGCUCGGCACUUUUAACCUCUUAGCCCCUUCUCUCCAUCCUCCUGGAGGCUGGGGUCCGUCUGGAAACUCCAGUGGUCCCUUCUGCCUGGCCGUGUCUAAUA